GCCCCAGAGCCGCACAGACCCCCAAGACCCGACCCCCAGCCCCACAGCCAACCGGCAGCCCAAAGAAGCUACCGAAACCCAGCAAGAGUGAUCUAGCCGAGAGCGCACACCCAGCCACCGACAACACCAGGAGGGACCAAGGGCAAGCCCCGUCACAACAAAGGGGCCAGCCAGCCGGCCCAGCACAGCCCGCCACUGCCACCACGGCCAUCCACCCAGCCCCACCCCAGAAGAAAUACUACACCCACCCCAUCAUUCAAACAACUCACAGAACAUAUAGCACRCUAGACACCCAGGCUGGGUUGGCCUACCCCCUCCCACGGGCCACCAGCCCUGUCCCCAGCCAACCCCACCCCCCAGCUUCGGAUCCGCAGCCCACCCGCGCACCAGGAGGCCCCCCAGCCCGAGCCAGGCACCCGGGCACAAACCGACCCAGAGCCCGGCAACCCACCCGCCAGGCCCCAAGGCCCCCCAGACCCCACCACGACCACAGC